UAAUAAAUAUAAAGUAAAUAAACAAUACAGAAAUCUAUAUUUCUGAAUCGGCAUCUUCUAUAUUGUUUUACAUUUUAUUAUUAAAACCUUAUACAAUUAUAUUUAGUUGUUACUUUAUAGUUUAGAAAAUAAUGGCUGCAGAUAACUACCGAUUUGCAGAAAGUGAUAGUUUACUAUGUUAUCAUGGACCAAUGUUAUAUGAAGCGAAAUGUUUAAAAAGGAGGAAGGCAAAUGAUGGUAAAGCACAAUAUUUUAUUCAUUACAAAGGCUGGAAUAGUAAAUGGGAAGAAUGGGUAGACGACAAUCGAGUAUUGACUGUCAAUACUGCCAAUAUGAACAAAAUGGCAUCAUUAAAAGAAAUACAUUCAAAUACAAAAAAAAGUGGAGCAAAACGUUCUAUCACUAUAGUUAAAGAAGAAACAAUACGGAAUGUUGUAACGCCUCCAAUCAAGGGAAAAAAACGGAAAUAUUCAGAAAUGUCAUCUGAAUUAAAUCAAAUAGUAAAUGUUCCAUCGCCAACAGAAUCAAAACCAAAGAAGCGAGGCCGUCCUCCUAAAAUUAUUACUCCUAAAAUUGAAGAAACUGAUGCAACAAAAUCAGUUGAUACAACUAUAGUAACUGAAACAACUGAAGUAACAGAAUCAGCUGAAUCAACUGGAGAAAAUAAAGUGAUUAACAAAGCAACUAAAGAAACUAAAGAAGUAGCUAAAGAAAAAGACAAUGUCAAAAAAGAAAACAAUACCACAAUAGAAGAUGUUGUUAAAAAAGAAGACUUGACUAAAAAAGUACACACUCCAAAAAAAGAAGACAUUACUAAGAAAGAAGACACUCCUAAGAAAGAAGACACUCCUAAGAAAGAAGACACUUCUAAGAAAGAAGAUACUCCUAAAAAAGAAUGUACCUCUAAGAAAGAAGACACACCCAAGAAAGAAGACACUCCCAAGAAAGAAGACACUCCUAAGAAAGAAGACACUCCUAAGAAAGAAGACACUCUUAAGAAAGAAGACACUCCUAAGAAAGAAUACACUCCUAAAAAAGAAGAUACUCCUAAAAAUGAAAACAUUCCUAACAUAGAUGACACUCCUAUAGAAGAAGACACUCCCAACACAGAUGAAACUCCAAAAAAAGAAAUCGUUCCUAAAAAGGUUGGAGUAACUAAAAUAAUUGAUGAAGUAACCGAAGAAAUUGAAAAAUCCGAAGAAGUUUUAGAUACUGAAAAAAAUGAAGCAAAUAAAGAUAUUGAAGUUACUAAAGAAGUUAAAGAAACUGAAGAAGAAGAAGAAGAAGUAGGAGGAGAAGAAGAAGAGGAGGAGGAGGAGGAGGAAGAAGAAGAAAAAGUAGAAGAAGAAGAUAAUGAUGAAACUACUAAAACAGUAGAUGAAGAAAUUAAAGUACCUGAAGAAGUUGAAAAAGCUACUAAAGAACUUGAAGAAACUAAAGUUGUUGAACCAUGUACAGGAUCUAAAGAUGUUGAAGAAAUUGAAACAAUCAAAGAAAUUGAAAGAUCUGAAACAGUUGAAAGAACUGAAGACAUUGAAGAAACUGAAACUGAAAAUAUGGAAGAAUUUGAAUCGAUUGAAGGUUCUGAAGAUGAAGAUCUUGAAGCUGAAGAUGAAGAUCUUGAAGCUGAAGAGUUUGAAGCCGAGGAACUUGACGCAUAUGAUGAAACUGAAGAAUUUGAAGAAACUGAUACAGAUGAAGAGAUUGAAACAGAUGAAGAGUCUGAAGAUGAUGAAGAAACUAAAGCUUAUUUAUUAAAGUUAACUGAAGCUUUUUCAAAACUUGUAGAUACUGAAAAGACAGACGAUACAUUUACUGUUCCAGCUCCAGUAAUAAAAAUAAUACCAGUAAUCAAUAUACCAGAUAUCAUAAAAAGAAGAAUUGCUUUUGAUCAUUUUAUGAUUGUAAAAAACAAUAAAGUAUUAAAAUUUUCAAAAACAAUCACUAUCGAAAAUUUGGUACAAGAUUUUAUGAAUUCAUUGCCUGAAUCUAAAGAGUCAACAUUCAAUAUUGGUACAACGAUCAUACAGUAUUUCAAUGUUCUUAUACAUUCACGAUUAUUGUAUCCGCCAGAGAAAGAAAUGGACAUACGUAAUAUGGCAAUACAAUUUUUAGACGACAAUACAAAUUUUGGUGAAGAAUACCACUUUAGUAAAAUGUUGUAUCCUCAAAAAAUGUGGCAUUUGGUGUAUGGACCUACAUAUCUACUACGAUUAUUUGUUUUAUUACCUGAAAUUGUAUCAUCCUAUAAUUAUAUUGAGACUGAUAUAGCUAAUGUUAUUGAAAAGUUUGAAGAUUUUAUGAAAUUUAUUGAAAUCAAUUUUGAUCAAUAUUUCUCAAACGUUGAAUAUACUGAUAAUAAAUAAAGAAUUGACUGUGAUGUAUUUGAAAAAAAAAUAUUAUUACAUUACGAAAUAAUUAAAAUUAAAACUAAUUAAAUAAUUGAUAAAUUAAGAGCGUAAUUUGUGUACUAUAUACAUUAAAU